AUGCAGGCCAAUGCGACGUCACUUGCAGCCGAUAACGCAAAACGAAAUUGUUUGAAACGCGCUCGAUACAUGACCAAAAUGUGGACAAGUGGACAAUUACGACAUUGGAGCCUCAUGUCGUUAGCGAUAGUCGCAACGUUGCUGUGUGAUCUAAAGACGGCAGCCACAACGGAGACAGCAAUAGAGAAACCUUUGAAAAGAACCGAAGAGCGAAGAAGCGUAAGCUUGCGGGGUCUCAUGCCGAUUCCAAACUGCUCCGACACUGACGACUAUUUUGAGUAUCAAGACAAGAAUUAUCAUGAAGAUUUUGACGUCAAUGGGAAGAGCUUAGAUAGAAAUGCUUCACAUAUUGCGAUCAUUGUAGUCAGUGUUGCCGUUGGAUUGAUCCUGAUGACUGUCUGCUUGACGUGGAAAGCCUGUGUGGAAUGCUGUACGAGCGCCAACAGGCGAUCACGUCAUCGAGCUUUUAUGGAGCGAUCAAAUGCUGGCUGGAGAUGCGAGAUAUGUGAUCAUACAAACGAAUCUUCCCAUACCGAGUGUAUGCUGUGCGGGACAACAGCUGAAGAAAUCAAGAUGCUCUCCAACCAAAGAGAAAACGAAGACACAUCGGUAGCAAUUGCCUCGCCAGCGGAGGAGACCAACACUCAAUCGGAUUCCAAUUACCUAAUCGUGUUUUCUCCUGGAGUAGAGUGGAAUGAUGGAGACUUUAAGGUAUUUUUAAGUGGGGGCUUGAACAUCCGCCAGUUAGUUGCACGUGAACGUCAUCAAUGGAAGCGCUCUAUAGGGGUGCAACACGUACGCUGGGUAAAUAUCCCUUUUGAAGCGCUUCUGGAGAACGAAGCUUUACGUAGCACCAUCAUUAAGGAACGCGAUUUUCAGGAAUGGCAAAAACGGUACCUUCCGCAAGCGUCUAGGUCAUCUCGGAUAUCUUUGUCAUCUGCCCUUUUAUCAUAUAGAGGUAGGCAGCAGCUUUCUUGCCUUGCCCCCGGAACGGCGUUCGUGCGUGAAGACUCGCACUCUGGAGGGCAAGCGGUGCGCUGGUGUUUGGCUGAGGAUUUGUCCAUGCCGUCACGUCAAUACUCCAAAACUUUAGUGCACGUUGCGGCCUUGACGUUCUCUAAAAAAGUGCAGUGGUUUUACCGGUACUCACUCAAGCUGUCCUCUUCGAUUGCGAAUGGCUUUCAUACUAUACGAAUUCACCGCGACAGGGUAUUGAAGCAAUCAGUGACUCUAUUGUUGUCGGUGCCUAGUGCAACCCUUCAUCGCAGCUUCCGAGUUCAUUUUAUGGAAGAAGUUGGUGUUGAUGGUGGAGGAAUUUUGCGCGAAUGGCUGCAUCUAAUUUGUAGCCAACUGUUUGCGGAACCUUUAGGGCUGUUUUCACUAACCAGCUCAACAGUACACCAAGGUUACUGGAUUAAUCGAACCGCUACAAAAAAGUCUAAUGAGCAAUUGCGGAUGUACGUCUUCUUCGGAAAAUUGCUAGCAAAAGCACUGCUGGAAGGUCUACUUUUGAGCGUCCGGCUUUCGAUUCCUUUGUUAAAACACAUUCUCGGCGCUCCACUUAAGCUAUCCGACUUGUAUCUGCUCGAUGAAACAGUGCAUUCCAGUAUGAUGUGGAUUUUGGAGAACGACAACACCAGCACUUUGGGUUUGAACUUUACGGUAGAAGGUGUAGAUCUCGUUCCGAGCGGUGCAAAUGUCUCUCUUCACGAUGGAAACAAACAGCUUUACGUUGUAAAGGUGGCACAAUAUUAUUUAUUCGACAGCGUUCGAGCGGAAAUUUCUAGUAUCAUGGAAGGUGUUCAAAGUGUCAUCAGCGAUACGAUGCUCCACAUAUUCGACUUUAAAGAGCUCGACUUGCUGCUCUCGGGGCUACCACAGAUUGAUGUCACCGACUGGAAGAUGCACACAGACGUUCGAUUCUGCGAGCACGAUGACAGUGAGUUUGAUUUGAUCAGCUGGUUCUGGGAGAUUUUAGAGUCUUUCACACAAAACCAGCGCGGACGAUUGUUACAGUAUGUUACCGGAUCCAGCGGUGUCCCCGUUGAGGGUUUCAAGGGCUUGACUGGUAUGGAUGGCGAAAUCAAGCUUUUCACAAUCCAGCUUGGUAAAGAUAUUUCCACCGUGUAUACAGUACUACCCCAUGCAAGCACCUGCUUGAACAGGCGAGUACUAGAUUUGCCACUCUAUUCUUCCAAAGCAGAGCUUGAGCGGAUUUUGUUGAUGAUAAUAGAAGUGGACGUCACAGGCUUUAGCAGUCACUGA